CAUGGCUUUCUCCCUCUCGUCUUUGCUCGUCAUUUCUCUCCUUUUCGCCAGCUCUUAUGCUCAGCGCGAGGGAACCAUUGGCCCUACGGGUAACCUCGUCAUUUCUGAUGGUGAGGUCGCUCCCGAUGGUUUUUCACGCGUCGCAGCAUUGGCGAACUCGCGCAUCGAUGGAACACUCAUUACAGCAAACAAAGGAGACAUAUUCCAAAUCAACGUCGUCAACAACCUCUCCGACGACUCUAUUUUGCAGAGCACGACCAUUCACUGGCACGGUCUUUUCCAGAAGGGUACCGGAUGGGCUGACGGGCCCGCAUUUGUGAAUCAAUGUCCCAUAAUAAAGGGUGAUUCGUUCCUAUACACGUUUGAUACGACCGAUCAGGCUGGAACAUUCUGGUAUCACUCUCAUUUGUCGACUCAAUACUGUGAUGGGCUCCGAGGGCCUCUUGUUAUCUACGAUCCCAAUGAUCCACAUGCUGAUUUGUAUGACGUCGACGAUGACAGCACCAGUAUCUUGACGUUGUCGGACUGGUACCAUACACCUGCGAAGCAACUAACCUUCCCUACUCCGGAUGCGAGUCUCAUCAAUGGUCUUGGACGAUCGAGCCUUGGAAACCUUACACAGGAUUUAUCUGUUGUCCAGGUCACACAAGGAACCCGGUACCGCAUCAGAAUGUUGAACGUCGCGUGUGACGCGGCGUUCACUGUGUCUAUUGAUGACCAUUUGAUGACAAUCAUCGAAGCCGACGGUGUGAACCUCGUCCCAUAUACCGUGGAUGAAAUCCAGAUCUUCGCGGGUCAAAGAUAUUCCUUUGUUUUGACCGCGAACCAAGCCGUAGGCAACUACUGGAUCCGUGCUAAUCCCAGUGUGGGAACUGCAGGUUUCACCAGUGGUAUCAAUUCGGCGAUCUUGAGAUAUGACGGCGCCAAUGACGCGGAACCCCCUGUCAUCGCUUUCACGAGCGUCCUGAAGAUGAAUGAGACCCAGUUAUCGCCUCUCGAAAACCCUGGAGCUCCCGGAACCCCCGUGGCCGGAGGCGUCGACUAUGCUCUCAACUUGGCAUUGGCUUUUACGUCAGCCGGGACUUUUACCGUCAACGGUGUCCAAUUCGUUCCUCCGACGACUCCCGUUCUUCUGCAGAUUCUGAGCGGUGCCCAGGCAGCCAGCGACCUCCUUCCCCAGGGUUCAAUCUACCCAUUGCCAUUGAAUUCGACCAUCGAAGUUUCUAUCCCAGGUGGUGUUAUCGGUGGUGGGCAUCCGUUCCAUUUGCACGGUCACACAUUCGACGUUGUCCGCAGUGCCGGUAGCACCGUGUACAACUACGAAAAUCCUGUGAGGCGGGAUGUUGUCAACAUCGGUGUCGCAGGUGACAAUGUCACCAUUCGGUUCACGACUGAUAACCCAGGUCCUUGGUUCCUUCACUGCCAUAUUGAUUGGCAUUUACAGGCCGGACUUGCCAUUGUUUUCGCAGAAGCUACAGAGAGCUGGAACGGCACUAUUGAUCCUACUGAUCAAUGGGAUCAACUGUGUCCUACCUAUGACAGUACUCCUGCUUCAGACCUUUAAAUGAAUGAAUGUGGAGGAUUUAUUCCUUGUCUUCAGGCUGCAAACUAGAAAUACCAAUCCUAUUCUGAAAUCUCUUAACAGGAUAUCGUUAUUCCCCUCAGUUCUCAUAUUAUGUAUUUUCAGUUCGGUGAUAGAAAAACUGCGUGUUCGCUUGGCUCCC